AUGGCUGCUGAAUCAGCGACCAUGGCUGCUGAAUCAGCGACCGGCUCGGCAGUUAACGUACCAAGCGAGCGUACUACUCGUGCCACGGCAGAGCGGCUAGCGUCGGAGGGGUAUGGCGUGUAUGGAAUCGACUUCGAGGGGCAUGGCAGGUCUGACGGGCUCAGCGUGUUCAUUCCUGACUUCAACACUCUAGUCGACGACAGCAUUGCAUACUUUGCUCCCCAUACGGGAGCGUCCGGAGCACCAGAGCAUACCCAAGUUCAUGUGUGGGGAAUCGAUGGGCGGGGCAGUGGCGAUUUGCAUCCACCGCAAGCAGCCCGACUAAUGGGAUGGCGCCAUUUUCAUGGCUCCCAUGUGCAAGAUAUCAGCCAAGGUGCAACCACCAGCCAUACUAGUGCGGCUGUUGAAGGGACUGGCAUCGUGCCAGCUGCUGACAUCGUCACCUCCGCCAUUCGCUGCCCGGAGAAACUGAAGAAGAUAGCAGCGAACCCAUACACAUACCGUGCUCGCCCGCGCAUGAGAACAGCCCUCACCAUGCUGCACGCCAGCCAAGACGCCGAAUCCUCCCUCUCCUCAAUCUCCCUGCCCUUCCUGCUGCUCCACGGGGAUGCCGACACAGUCACUGAGCUGGACGGCAGUCAGGCACUGUAUGAGAAGGCACGGAGUGAGGACAAGACGUUGAAGGUGUAUGAGGGUGCGUGGCACCUGCUGACUGAGGGGGAGCCUGAGGAGACUGCGGAGAAAGUGCUGUGCGAUAUGAUUGGCUGGCUGGACGAGAGAAGUCAACGCAAGUCAAGCGAGUUCAGUAGAUAG